AUGCGUCUUCCCUACGCUGCCAACCCGCCCAAGUUUGCCGACGCGGCCUCCAACGCCAUUGUCGAGCGCAUCGCCGCCCGCCGCGCGCCCCGGCCCCUGCAGCCCUUGGACCUGGCCCUGCUGCACGCGCCCCCCGUUGCCGACGGCUGGAACUCGUUUCUGGGCGCCAUCCGCACCAAGACCGACAGCGUCCCCGCCGACCUGCGCGAGCUCGCCAUCAGCCGCGUCGCCGCCGUCAACCGCGCGUGGUACGAAUGGGGCCACCAUGCGCCGCUGGCGACGGCGGCGGGCGUGCCCGAGGCCGGCCUGCAAGUGGCCCUUGACGAGAAGCCGUAUGCCCUCGACGACCAGUCUGCGGUGGCGAGCGGGUCGUUGACGGCCAAGCAGUGGGCGGUGCUGGUGUACACGGACGAGAUGACGCGCAAGGUCGAGGUGGCGGACGGGACGUUUGCGCAUCUGCGGACCCUCUUUGAGGAGCGGCAGAUUGUGGAGCUGACGGCCGUGGUGGCAGCGUACAACUGCAUGCUGGUCACUAAAUGA